AUGGCGACGAAGCUGUUUUCUCCACCGUUGUCUUGUCCAUGGGUCACUUCAAGAGAUGUAACCAAAGGGCUUCUUCCACGGCAGAGACGAGAAUGUGACACUAAUCGGAAAAACAGAGUCUCCACCGUCUCCGCCAUGUUAGUGGAGCCUCUCUCUGUUGUUUCUUCAUCAGCGAUUCAGAUUCAUCAAUGGUGGGAACAAAACCCUAAUUCCAUACUGUUACUGACGGAAACUGGUGGUGGUUAUUCGUUGGCUAGCUAUUACACUUCUUUGGGUUUGUUCGUUAUAUCAGUUCCAGGUCUUUGGUCUCUCAUCAAACGCUCUGUUAAAUCAAAGAUUGUGAGAAAGACGUUUGUUGUUAGUGAAGGAGAAGGAAUCAAGAAGGAACCAAAGCAAGUUGCUGGAGAGAUUCUUUCGUUCUUCACAAGGAAGAAUUUCAACAUUACUGAUCGAGGAGAAACAAUUACGUUUGAAGGAAAGAUGGUACCAAGUAGAGGACAAGCUGCGCUGCUUACGUUUUGUACAUGUAUAAGUUUAGCAAGUGUAGGUCUUGUACUAACCAUUACAGUCCCUGAUGUUGGUAACAAUUGGUUCUUUAUCACCAUUCUUAGUCCACUCGCAGGAGCUUAUUACUGGAAAAAGGCGUCGAGGAAAGAGGAGAUAAAAGUGAAGAUGUUAGUGGGAGAAGAAGGGAAAUUGAGUGAGAUUGUGGUUCAAGGAGAUGAUGUACAAGUUGAAGAAAUGAGGAAAGAGCUUCAACUUAGUGAGAAAGGCAUGGUUUAUGUUAAAGGUCUCUUUGAGAGAUCAUGA